UGGUUGAGUUUCCCUGGCACUGUUUCCACAUGCUAAAGUCAUGGGACCGAUAUUAGAAUUUUUCAGCAUCAUGUUCAAACAUCUAUAAGUGACUUUGUAGAGCUUCACAAUCAAUUAUAGAUACUUUCAGUUGAUUUGGAGAUGGUGCAUGAAAAAUGCUAAUAUCUGUCCCAUGACUUGAAUGGGAUUUAUGUCAUUAUGUUAAAACGUUAGCAUGUGAAAACAGUAACAGGGAAACUAAACCAAAAGCAUGGAUUGUUGUCAUACAACAGGUUACUUUUAACAAGGUAAGGAAACCAUUGUGGAAUUUUAGAAUUUUUUUGAACUAUCCAUUUAAACAUUUCCCAGGCAUUACUGACUUAUUCCAGAUUUUAUAACUUGUGGAUAAGUAUUUUAAGUUUCGGCUAACCAUAUUAUGUUAUAGCAAUCUGUCAUUCGGUGAUACAGUCGAUGGCAAGGAACUGAUGAUGCAUGCAAUGUCUGAGAAGGGGUAUGCGACGCUUGUCUGAUGGCUGAUCCUAUCGUCAUCAGAUGUACAAUAGACCAGUACUGUGCCUUUAAGAAGAGAGCUCGGUCAGCUCACAAUCCUCUGGUUCUCCACCUUCCUCCCUUCUGUUGAGCUUCAAGGGAUAUCAACCGGGCCCGAGAUAGGCUACUGAUAAGCAAUAUUCAGCAUUCAAGGUUAGUCGAACAGGAGAAGAAUGGAUCCAGUUUGAGCAUCUUGACUGAUAAGACCCUGUCCAGUUGCUGAGUGUGAUCCUGUAACCAUGGCGACCUGUGGGCGUGGCUGUGUCCCUGCAGUGCGUUUCUGCCAGAGGCUGAACCGACUGAAGACCCUGGAUGAUGACUUGAUGGUGACGUCAAUGAAGCGUUGCCUGACCAUGGUGGACCUAGCCCUGCUGGGUGUUGGUGGCAUGGUGGGCUCUGGCCUAUAUGUCCUGACUGGCACUGUUGCCAAGGACACCGCUGGACCUGCCGUGGUCCUCUCCUUCCUCAUAGCAGGCAUCGCCUCCCUGAUGGCUGCCCUCUGCUAUGCAGAGUUCGGAGCUCGUGUUCCCAGAACGGGCUCGGCCUACAUGUUCACCUAUGUUUCUUGUGGAGAGAUCUGGGCCUUUCUCAUUGGGUGGAACGUAGUGUUGGAGUACAUGAUUGGUGGAGCCGCAGUGGCGCGGGCGUGGAGUGGUUACCUGGACUCCAUGUUUAACCACACCAUCCAGAACUACACAGAGAACCACAUAAUGAAGUGGAAUGUUCCCUAUAUCGCCCACUACCCUGACCUGCUGGCUGCCGGGAUUUUAGUUGUUGCCACUAUCUUCAUAACCUUCGGAGUGCGAGUCUCCUCUUGGCUCAACCACAUCUUCUCAGCCGUUAGUCUAGUUGUCAUACUCUUCAUCUUGGUGUUUGGCUUCGUGCUAGCCGACCCAGUCAACUGGAGCCAGAAGGAAGGAGGUUUUGCACCAUUUGGUGUUAAUGGGGUAAUGGCGGGCACAGCCACCUGCUUUUACGCAUUUGUUGGCUUCGAUGUGAUUGCAGCCUCCAGCGAGGAGGCAAAGAACCCCCAGCGAGCCAUUCCCAUGGCCACAGCCAUUUCCCUGGGCAUGGCCGCCACAGCCUAUAUCCUGGUCUCCACAGUCCUCACUCUCAUGGUGCCUUGGCACUCGCUCGACCCCAACUCAGCCCUGUCUGACGCCUUCUUCCGCCGAGGCUACAGCUGGGCUGGCUACAUUGUGGCAGUAGGGUCCAUCUGUGCCAUGAACACAGUGCUACUCAGCAACCUCUUCUCUCUCCCUCGGAUUGUUUACGCUAUGGCGGAAGAUGGCCUCUUCUUCUCCUUCUUCGCCAAGGUCAACCCUGUCACCAAGGUCCCUGUUAAUGCCAUCUUGGUGUUUGGCCUCCUCAUGGCUGUCAUGGCCCUCAUCUUUGACCUGGAGGCCCUGGUCCAGUUCCUGUCCAUCGGCACCCUCCUGGCCUACACCUUUGUGGCAGCCAGUGUCAUCGUGCUGCGCUUCCAGCCUGAGAAAGAGAAGACCAGUUCCAAGGCUAACUCCACUACCUCCCCCAACUCUAACCCUGAGCCCUCGCCUGAAGUCUCAGAGUCUCAGAUCAUAGCUCAGGACAGUGGGGAGCUGAAGGAGUAUGAGUCCUUCUCAGACAAGCUGCAGCUGGUGGAGAUGCAGAAGACCAGGGAACGGAGUGCCCCAGGGGUGUUGAAGGCCCGCUGGGAGCCUUACCUGGGCAGGAUGCUGGGGGACUUUGAGCCAGGGGAAGUGGUGGCCUUUUCUGUGCUGGCGGUGAUGGUGAGCUCAGUGUCCCUUUGUGCCGUGUUUGUGUUUGGGAGUAACCAGCUUCAGCUGCCUACGUGGAGCAUCGCCCUGCUAAUAGUGGUGUUUGGCUCAACCUUCCUUCUCUGCCUGGUCAUCAUAUAUGCCCAUGAACCUCAUGUCAACACCAAAACCUUCCAGGUACCCUUGGUCCCAUUCAUUCCCGCUGCAAGCAUCCUCAUGAAUGUGUUCCUAAUGCUGAAGCUCAGCCCCAUGACCUGGAUCCGCUUUACUGUAUGGGUGGCUGCAGGUCUGCUUGUGUAUUUUGGCUAUGGGAUCUGGCACAGUAAGGAGGGCCUGAGGGAGAUGCAGCCCAAGGAUAUGGCAGCCAGGUAUGUGGUGCUCCCCAGUGGCAGCCUGGUAGAGACAGUCCAGUCUGUGCAGCCGAAUGGACAGCAUGACGCCAGCACCCUCCACACCACUCCAUCCCGGUCUGCUGAGGAGCAGCAGGCAAAGAGAUGAUGUUUGGUGUGUAACCCCACAAGGCUCUGUUUCUCUGCAUUAGUAAACACACAUCACAGGAUGGGACUCACUCUCAUUAUGAAACAUAUUUAUAGCUGUUAAUAUGGGAACAUACCUUUUUAUAGCUAUCCAGCAUUGUUUACUAUAUUAUUUAUUUCAAUAAACCAGCACGUGUUUUUUUAUUGUUAGUAUUGCUCUCAACUUUAACGUCCCUUUGGCACUCACAAUUGAAUGUUUUUGGAAGAUGGAAAGUGCUUAUGAUUAUGGCAUACAUUGAAUCAUGAUUAGGGCUGUUGCGGCGACCAUAUUACUGCCACACCGGCGGUCACGAGACAGUCAUGAAGACAGUCAAAUUCCAUGUGACCGUUUAGUCACGGUAAUUAGGCUUCUCCAAGCUCUGAUGCUGCUGAUGGUUUAGUAGCCUACCAAACUUGCUAACUGCCUGGUACUCAGCACUUUGUCUGACAUCGAUGCAAAUGUAAUUAACUUUUUCAAAUCCUAGUCGCACACGUCAUGCAGCCUAGCCCAUACGCAUAUGUUUUGUAUCACAACUAAAGUGGCCAAUAACUUCUUAGAAUUAAGCACAUUAAUCCGCUUUACAAGGGGUGCAGAGCCUAACGGGCAUACAUAAGCAAUGUGUAAGUUUCAAGUUUGAGUAAGAUAAUUUUCACCAUAAAAAUGCACCUAUAAUAAAAGCAUUACAUGCAUAAUGCAAUUACAGUCACUUUUGAUAGUGACCUACUCUUAUUUUUGUCUGUUUAAAAGUAAAUGGACAGUUUUCCCAAUAUCUUCAAUAUGCACCUCGGAAUUGUAUAAGGACGUGCACAGUUGCGUCCCCGAUGUGUCUGUCUUCACUUGUAGCCUGUGAGAAAGACCAGAUCACUGCUGGAGAGCCAUGUGAGUGAGAGGUGCUUCAGAGCGUGCAGCAUUCCACGCUUGAUAUUUUUAGGGUGCUUAAUGGCCACACAAAGGGGAUGCCGCCGGGAAAUUCGAGGCAUUAUCAAGUGCUUGUCAAAUUGUGAAUUAGGGACUGAUGUAGUGUGUACAGCCUACGCAAAAAACAAAACAGAUCUCAUGCCUUUCAAGCUUUUUUCAAGUCAUCAUUAGUCGCAUCAUGCAGCCUUACAAUGUGUUAAAAAUCAAAACAGAUAGACCAACGUUUGUAGAACAACUAAAGUUACAUUAAUAACUCUAAAUUAAGCAUAUAGGAGUACCUAUUUAUUUGUUAACCGCUCAACGCAGAAUAACCGAGUGUGAGUUUGGAGAAAAUAUCCUUUCUAUUUUAUUCAACUUUGUUCAAUUGUAUUCUUCAAACUAUAAAAUAAUGCCACGGAAUUCUAAGCAAAUCUUGUCUGCUAAAUGAACUAGUGUAGCCCCCAGC